CCUUGUACUAUUACACUCAUGAGCACUAGACCAACAGCUUACAAUCCAAAACGCGUCUGCUUACUUAGUUUACCGGACUUGAGCGAGUUCCCAAAACUACGUGAAUGGGGAAUAUACUUUGCUGGAAUGCUGUUCGCUUCUGGAUGGUGGUUUUUCUUUGACGCCGCUAUCAUUUCAAAGCGUACAAAGUCAGAUGAUACAUUUGAAGAUGUUCCAGUGAGAAUUUCAUUUGUGGAUUAUAUACCAGCCAUUUUGUCCACAUUUGGUAUGAUCAUAGUUAGUCUUAUCAACAAAUCGCAAAUUUCUAGAGAGAAUGAUGAUCCAUACGCUUGGAAAGCGCGGUGCUGGUUAUUCGUUGGAUUUGCUUUGUUAGCCGGUGGAUUAGCAGGUAGCGUUAGUUUACUUGUUAUCAAAUACAUCGUACCAGAGUAUCCAAGUCAUUAUGUAUCUUAUGGUAUUGCUGUCGUCAUACAAAACAUUGCUAUCAUGCUCUCUACUAUACUGACAUGGAUAGUUGGACAAUCUGAUACAGAAUACGAAUCGGCUGGUAGACUUGUACAAACUGAUUUGCAGCAAGUUGAUGAAACGCACUUUACAUUCACUUUAUCAAAACCUGAGGAAUUGAAUCAUGUAGUUAUCUUCUUGACUGGUCAAAUCGCAUUUCCGGAAGGUAUAGGCGCAACAGUACACUUCCUUUUCCCUGGAUAUGAGAAAGGAUGGCAAUUAUUAGGUAAACUGAGCAAUGAUAAACCAUCUGCUAUAUUCAGAUUAAGAGGUAGCGCAAUUCCAUCGAAAUUGAGCUCGAAUACACUCAACACGGUUAAUAAUAACAACACACAAGCGAUUAUUGGUAUUUCUGUAGAACCAAUCAAUCAAGUUGAUAGCCAAACUAUGGCCCUCACACCAACUAAUACCAUUUCAGCGAAAUCGAACGAGAGUCAGGAAGUAGCGAAAAGAAUUUUGGAAAAUUUAUUCGAAUUCCUCUCAGGAUUUGCUCACGUUGGUCCAGAAACACUCAUUCCAUUAUCUACACUCCAACAAUGGUAUAAUAAGGUUCUCACGAAGUUACAAAAUGGAGGAAGUAUAUAGAUACACGAUCAUAGAUCGUUAAUAAUAUGUAGAAAGCUCCUAGUAUAACGCAUUUUUAACAAUAUAUAGAUUAAUGACUUUAUUAAUGACGCGAUGGGAGUGUUUAUUAUCU